AGGGGAAUAGUGAACUGCUAGUGCUUUGAUCUUAUUUGGUUUCCUCAGAUGUAGUCAGAAAAAUGUUAUCAAGACAUUCACAUUUAAAAUGGGAGUGCAGGUUUUGGCGCAUGUGACUCAAGUAAGAACAACACCUGUUUAAGAUGCGGCCUGCGGUUAAUGAAAAACCUGGUACACUGAAUUUCCUAGGAAGACCUACUGCAUCAUCCUUCAUUGUUGCUUCUCAGGCUACAAUGCCGUUUCAACCUUCUCAGCCUCUCUGAUUGGGGUAGAGAACUCUGCUUAUGCAUCUGGCCGGCCAGCACAACACAACACUUCAGUUCAACCCGGUCUUCCUCGCAAGGCUUGUCAUUUGUUGGUCAACAAGCUCCUCUUCCACCCUUCCCCUUCCAUCCACAGUAUCAAAUCCCUCAAGUAGGACCAGUACCUCAUAGUGUAAACCCUCCUCCCCAUUCUCCAUUAUAGUCCUCAUUUCAUUCACUAAAUCCACAUGUGCAAACAGUUUCACAGGGGUAUCCAUGUGUUGGUGAAGCUAAUUAUGUCCCUUCGGUUCCACCAGUGCAGCCUUACCCCUUUUCUUCUCAACAAAGAGGUUAUAGACCACCUUCAACCCAAGCUGCUUCAUGGGAAUGAAUUCUGCAGGGCCUUCUGUUGGUGUUUUUCAGAACUUGGUUGAGGAUUUCAGUUCACUCUCUGUUGGAACUUUUUCAGGAUCAAAUGACCCAGGCAUUGAUUCAAAAACAUUGCCGAGGCCACUGGAUGAUGCUGAUAUGGAGGGGAAGUUUUCUACGGAGUUUUAUCCCUUCAGUUGCCAUCCUAGAUAUCUACGACUUACAACAAAUGCUCAAUCACUGCUUUCGAGGAGGCAUUUGCCUCUUGGGGCAGUUUUGCUGAUGGGGUUUGUAGCAUUAUGAAUUCCAAAAUAGUCAUUAUUUUUUCGAUUUUGGGCAAUCUAUGUGUUUCGUUCUCUUUUAUUAAUCGCUUAAUAUAUCUUAUAUUUAUAUUGAGCCUUAUUGUUCAGGAAGAAGUGCCCACAGUUAACCUUGGACCAAUUGGAACUGUCCAUUGUAGAAAGUGUAUUUAUGUGAAUCCUUAUGUUCUGUUUUCUGAAGGAGGAAGAAAGUGGCGUUGCAACAUCUGUAAUUUGCUUAAUGAAGAUUUGGUUGCUACUAGAGAGAGUAGAGACUGACUUCAAUAAAGUAAUAAACCCACAGUGGUUGGUUUUUGGCGCUCCUGUUUUACUGGCAUGUAAUGAUACUCCUUGCCCUAACAAUGGGUCAAACAUAAGCCGUAUACUAAACUUUGCGGCACCUAUCCUCUCAGUAACGUCUUUCAAACCAGUGUUAGAAAUAUCAAGUUAUAACUUUCUGUUGAGAGUGAGGCAAGACGCAAGAUCUGGUUUCUCUUCUGGUAAACGACUUAGAUGCAGAUUUAGUUCGACAUCUCUUUGCAAUGGAGGUAGUUGAUUCCUUAAAACAAACAAGAGAUUAUGAUGCCAGCAAGCAGCAAACUUGAAGACUUCCGCAGGCGUCUGAUAGAGUGUAACGGUAAUUACAGUUCACUCAAUAUUUGGAAGGAAAUUCGUAAGUCUGACAACCCAAAGAUGUAUAUGGAAUAUCUGUUUAGGAAUAAACAGGCAAGACUUGGUAGUGCAAUGAAAAGAGCACUUCCCUGGAAAUUCGAGGCUAAGGAUCAGCCUUGUACAACGAUUAGCGAUGGCAAAAAGACCAGGAGGAAAGAUGCGGAAAAAAAGAACAAAGUAUGGGAGAUCAAAAAAGAACAAGUACGAGACGCAGUAUGAUCUUGCCACGAAGCCUCCGAUGAUGGAAAAACAAGACAGCAUCAUAAAAUUAACCGACGCCGCAAUCCUUACUAAGGUAGGAGCGCAAGGUGGAAAGACAAUUAUUGGUGCCCUUGAAGCCCAUGUAAACGGCUUCAUAUUUAAAUGUAAAAUACAUGCAUUUCAAGGUUUCCGAUGUAACGACUGAUAAAAAAAAAAAAAAAAAAAA